CCGAAAUUCGUAAAUGGCUACUCGAAAAGCAGUUAGAACAGCUUUUGAGAAAUGCCUGUUGGCUGUGGAGCCCCGUUCAAUUGUCAGAAAUGCAAUCUCCUUGAAUCCGUCCUUAUUGAAAAUUGCUGAUUACAACUAUUCAUUGUCUAAUUCCACUAAAAUCGUCGUAAUUGCAUUCGGAAAAGCAUCGAUUCUAAUGGCAAAAGGAGCAAGAGACCAGCUCAAGUCAUCACUUUUACAGAAAACAAUUGUAAUUGCACCGGAACAACAAAAAGGAAUUGAAAAUGAAUUAGAAAAUGACACUGAAAUAUUAUACGGAGCAAGAGAUAAUCUUCCUGAUGAGAAAUCAGUUUUUGCGACCCGAAAAGUCAUUUCUGAAAUUCGAGAUUUCGACUCUGAAUCCACGAUUUUUCUUUUUCUAAUUUCCGGUGGAGGUUCAGCUUUAUUGACUUCACCCAGUGCUCCAUUGGAUUUGGCUGAAAAAUUGGAAACUAUAAGAAUUAUGCAAGCACAUGGGGCUACAAUUCAAGAGCUGAAUACCAUUAGGCAGAAUCUCUCAGAUGUGAAAGGUGGCAAACUUUUGAGAGAGAUUAAGAAAGGAUGCUCCAUUGCGCUCAUCAUAUCUGACGUCAUCGGGAAUCCUGUGGAGCUCAUUGCCAGUGGACCUACAGUAAUCCCUGCCCAUCAACAAGACAAGUUCAUCAUUUCCAACAUUUUAGAAAGUUUAAAAAUUAAUAAACUGGAACUUCCGGUAAAUGUGAAAAAUGUAUUGGAGAAUCAUGAAAAAGAACAACUCCCUGAAAAUACUUCACGUUUCCAAAACUUCAUAAUUUCAAGCAACAACUUUGCUCUUCGAGCGGCUGCUGAAUAUUUAACUUCUUCUGGUUAUAAUUCAACAAUUGUGACGUCAUCAUUGUCUGGAAAUGCUGCUGAAAUCGGAAAAAAGUUUGCUGAAAUUAUUACUGAAAAAUCAAUAACUUCGAGUCAUCUUUUAAAAAACUCGAAUUUAACUAUCGAAAAUUAUCCAAUUGCUCUACUUUUUGGUGGUGAGACAACUGUUCAUUUGUCUGAAAAUCCAGGAAAAGGAGGUCGCAAUCAGGAAAUGGUACUGAGCUGUCUGGAUGCUUUGAAGACGCGAGUUCCAGCUCAUAAUUUCACUUUUUUGAGUGCUGGAACUGAUGGACAAGAUGGACCUACGGAUGCUGCCGGAGCAAUCAUAAGCAAUGAAGAUUUGCCUUUAAAUUCUCUUCUCAACAGUUCGGAAUUUUUGCAAAAUUCGGAUUCCUAUAAUUUUUGGAGACAAUUCAAAGGAGGAGCGAAUCAUAUUUUAACUGGACCAAGUGGAACUAAUGUGAUGGAUAUUCAGAUUUUGCUUCUAGAUCAGCUCUAAUGAAUAUUCAAUUUAAACCAGAGAAGUGAAUCCAACGGAGACAGGGAAGAAAUGAUCACAAUGGCCAUUUGGAACUGAGAAUUCAAGGGUUCCCGAAGAGUUCGAGCUGUCAAUCACAGCUAAGGACCAAACAAUCACGUUCUUCGUCUUGUGGUACUCAUAUUCUCCAUCACACUCACCAACGGAUGGAGCUGUCGCAGUUCUGAAAAAUAAUACUUACUCACAUGAUAUGGAAUGAUAAAGGUGCCUUCGAAU